CUCGAAGAGACGACACUAAAAAAAAGUCCUAAAAAUGGAAAAACCAUUGCAACGAGAGCAGCAGAAGCAACAGAUCAAUAGCAGACCAGCAGAGGCGGAAAGCACAACUCCCUCACCCACCGCCACUUCACCAUCUCCUCCGUGCCCCAAAACGGUAGCUGGAAGGAAAGGAAGAGGGAGGGAAAAAAUGGCGGGUGUAGAGAAAGAGGUGGGGAAAAUUGUGGAGGAUGAGGAAUUCAAAGGGGUGGCAGAUACCCAUGUUCGUGAACAGCUUGAAGGGGGAGAAGAACCAAACACCAAUACAUUAGAUGGUGUAGAAAUGGAGACCCAGAAGAGCCUUGACGAAAAUGGAGUUGAAUUGCCUGGUGAGGAAAUCCGGGGUGCAGUUGAUCCGGUUUCCGCUGUCGAAAUUCCUGAAGAUGCUAAUGUUGCCGACGAGAUGUAGUGAGCCGGGUUCUGGUACUGAAACUGAUAAGGUUGUGAGUUAUGUGGAUUCUGGUGUGCAUGGUGAGAGUGAGGUUUCUGUGAAGAUUGCAAGUGAGGAGAGUGGUGGUGAGAAAGGGAAGGCGCUGAAGGAUGAUUUAGGCAGCAAAGUUGACCCGUCUAUUGAAUUGGGUGCCUGUGCCGAGGCUGAGAGUCUUGUCGGUGAUGGUGGAUCCCAUCACACUAUGGACCCCAUGGAGUUUGAAAAGGAAGAUGAUGGUGUUGGAGAAGAAAAGGCACUGAAGGAUGGGGUGAGCGGCGAGGCCAACCCUUCCAAUGAACCAGAUAUUGGUGCUAAAACUGAUGAUGUUGCUUGUGAGAUGGAGCUUGAUAUGCCUCAUAAUGGUGAGGUUGCAGUGGAGAAAUUGACAGAUGGGGCGAGCAGUGAGGCCAACCCCUCCAGUGAAAUCUAUAUCGGUGAUGAAACUGAUAAUAUUGUUUCUAAGGUGGAGCCUGUUAUGCCUCGUGAUAGUGAGGUUGCAACAGAGAAACCAGUAGACGGGGAGAGCAACGAGGCCAAAUCCUCCAAUGAGCCAGAUAGCAGUGCUUGUAAGGUGGAGCCUGGUAUGCCUCAUGAUAGUGAGCUUGCAAUGGAAAUACUAAUAGAUCGGGUGAACAACAAGGCGAAAUCCUCCAAUGAACUAGACAGUAGUGUUGAUUAUGAAAAUGUUGUUGGAAUGGUGGAGCUCGAUAUGUCUCAUGAUAAUGGGGCUACAACAGAGAAACUGAUGGAUGAGGUGAGCAUUGAAGCCAAACCCUUUGGUGAACCAAAUAUCAGUGCUGAAGCUGAUAAUGCAGCUCGUAAGGUGGAGCCUGAUAUGCCUUGUGAUGGUGAGCUUGCAAUCGAAAAACUGACAAAUAAGGUGAGCAGCAAGGGCAACCCCUCCAGUGAACUGCACAUCAGUGCUGAAGCUGAUAAUUCUGUUGGUAAGAUGGAAACUGAUACAAUGCCUCAUGAUAGUGGGGUUGCUAUGCAGACACUGAUAGGUGGGUUGAACAUCAAGGCCAGCCCCUCCAAUCAACCCCAUAUCAGUGCUGAAACUGAUAAUGUUGUUAGUAAUGUGGAGCCUGAUAUGCAUCGUGAUAAUGAAGUCGAAAUGGAGACUGAAUCUGAUGAUGAUGGUGAGAAACUAGAGGUACUGAAUGGUGGGGUGAGCAACAAAACAAAGUUUUCUUUUCACACCGACAUAAACGAGCAACUGCACAAACCCAAGUUUUAUGUUGGACGUAAGGUUGGGAUGAAGAGCUUAGAACCAAAGAAAACCUUCCUCUUGGAUCCAGGUGCUGAUGAGGGUGGUGAGUCGGGGACUGAGGAGGAGCAAACAUCAUUCAUGAAGGAGGUUGAGAGUUUAUAUAAAGAGAAGAAUUUAGAAUUCAAAGCCCCAAAGUUCUACAAAGAGGAAUUAAAUUUGCUCAAGUUAUGGAGAGCUGUGAUCAAACUUGGUGGCUAUGACAAGGUUACUACAUGCAAGUUGUGGCGGCAGGUUGGAGAAUCAUUCAAUCCCCCAAAAACGUAAACUACCGUUUCUUGGACUUUCCGAAAUUUUUAUGAGAAGGCAUUACUUGAAUUUGAAAGGGAUAGACUUCAUGGUGGUGAACUUCCUCUUCCUGCAGAGCCAACUAGAGUUGAGAAUCGGGCUGAUGGUGGCCAUACUUUAGGAUCAGGCAGGGCACUGAGGGAUGCUGCAGCUCGUGCCAUGCAGGGUUGGCACUCUCACCGCCAUCAUGGUAAUAAUGGUGAGGUUGGAGAUACAACUAAUAAGGAUAAGCACUUGAGUACCAUGCCAAAAAGUGACAAGCAACUUAAAAGUUCUGUUAACGCAGGUUUACUAAAGCGGAAAAAACCAUCUUAUAUGGAUUCUGCUGUCCAGGUUGCUGACAUGAAAGCUAUAAAACCACGGGAUACAAUGGUAUUUGAUAUUGGACCUCCAGCAGAUUGGGUGAAGAUUAAUGUGAAAAGAUUUAAUGACUGCUUUGAGGUAUAUGCCUUAGUUCCUGGGCUACUGCGCGAGGAGGUGCAUGUUCAAUCUGACCCAGCCGGACGCUUGAUUAUAUCCGGCCAACCAGCACAACUGGAUAAUCCUUGGGGUGUUGCACCCUUUAAGAAGGUUGUCAGCCUACCUUCGAGAAUCGAUCCACAUCAGACAUCUGCGGUAGUGACCUUGAAUGGCCAGUUGUUUGUGCGCGUUCCAUUUGAACAGUCAGAUUUUUAAACUAGGGAUGAAUUUCCUUUCUGUCCCCGACGUACAGAGAUCUUCGGUUAGUCAUCAGAAGAUAGAAUACUGAGUAUUUUUGGUUUGUUCAUACUCACAGUUGGAGCUCAAGCCUAUGCAGUUGGACGCAUCCAAUCGACCAACGAAUAAGAACUGUUGUCAGCAGUUCUAGUUAAAAUGACGAGACUCGUGUAAAUGUGUGCUACUCUUGAUCGCUAUUUUUCAAAUGCAAAUGAUUUGGGUCUCCUUUUAUUAA